CUUGGCUCACACCUGACCGGCACUAGUCAGCGGGAAAUUACGCGAGGCCGCAGGCGGACAGACGCCCAGCCGCUCGCCGCUGUGAACCCAGAGUGGUCCCCUAACUCCCGGACAGCUGCUCCCGAUAACGGCUGCUGACAGUAUUACCCCACACCGAGUCCCGUGAAGAGGCGACAACAUGCCGCGGUCAUUCCUGGUGAAGAAACAUCAGAGCAGUAAGAAAGGAAACUACGGAAAACUCUCGUCAGUGACUGCGGGUAAGACUCUUCAUCUCCCGCAUGAAUGAGGCUGUUUGCUGGAGAAAGAAAGCCUACUGCAUGGGGGAGUGGGUGAAAAGGAUUCCUGAAGUUUAGAGUUAGUCCUCAAGAACAAACUGGUCAAUUUUAGAAGGCUUUCAUAGUUACCUUACCUGUUAUGAGGCAAACUACUGUAUGGUUGAUCAUACCAGGACACCUGAGCAAAUAUUAACAUUUGUAAAUGGCUGAUGAACAACUUUUCAUCCUUUUAAAAAUUAUACUUUACAAAAAAGGAGUUUAAUAUCUAUUACAGUAGUAGUUUUUGUCUGUACCUCAUGAAAACUGCUCCUAUUGGAGUUUGACAAACUUUUAAACUCUUAAAUUCAUUAAAACGCUUUUUCACAAGGUGCUCUUUGACAAGCUAUCUCUGAAAACAACCGUUCAUAUUGAAUGAGAUAAAAUAAUUCUUAAGGUUAUUGCCUGUUAAUUUCUGACACGAAAUUUCAGCUUGAUAUCAAACUGUGUCAGUGAAGAGUUAAGAGAGGAGUCCUGCUGUGGAGGUGAAAUCUUUUUAUGAGACAGCACCAUGAAUAAAAUCCUGCUGACCCUUUCCCAUAGAUGUCAGUUAUAGUGAGGUAGUGAUGUUGGUGGUAUGUUUGUUUUAGUGGGAGUGAGGCUGAGGUCAUUGGCAGUUUCUAAAAUCCAGUUGAGGGAUGUUCCAAGCAGUUCUUUUCUCUCUGAGGAUCUAUAAACCCUCACAGUCCUUUAUGGCUAACUCCUACUACUUAUGUGACUUAUGGAUGCACGCAUUUUCAGGAGGACGACAGGUUGAUACAUCAGGCUUUGACAGCACUGUUAUUUUAAUUUGAUAUUUCUUCAAAUCAAUGUUAUGUCUAAGACUGUCUGUGUUAUUAAGUUUUUGGCGCCAUAUAAUCCACAAAUGCCAAACAUAUGAUGUCACAUUGACUCAGUGUCCACGGACACACAGAACUUGAUCAUGAUUGUUUUACAUGUCUUUUGUCACUUGUCAUGGAAGUUGCUGUUAUAAAGUUUAGGUCAUGGGCUGAUGUGUUAUGAAAUAGAUCCACAGAUUAAGAAAUUGGGUCUUUUUACAUUGAAGUUGUAGUAUACCUAUUACAACAUCGUUUUUACUCUCACAAAGUAGUCUUUUCCUUUGCAGCAGUGAUAUUCCUGAGUAAUUCCUGAGUAGCUCUAUCGUUUUUACAACUAAAUGUCUAAACUGAAACCACCUCUCGGAGUGAUAAGGGUUUUUUUUUUUUAUCACUUAAUUACUCAAAGAAAUAACUACAGAGAGCAAAAAGGAAGUUUAGUCUGACCACAAUAAAAAAUGUGUUAUUGUGUUUAGCAGGUGCCAAAUCUGUCCCCAAAGAGUUCUAGCUUUGUCCUAGGGUCCGUGAGAGACCAGAAGGGCCCCAUUUAACAGCCUGAAGAGCCCAUGCAGCAGCCUCCCAGGCUCCACCUGACAAAUCCCUGCUUCAACCUUUGUAUUUGUUCCAAUACAGCCCUUAAAGCGAGCUUGGGCCUUCGACCCUCCUUGUCCCACUGUAUUGAUGAACUAACAUUAACAUCAGAAUAGGACCAUGAAAAGAGAGAUGGUAACUAAGAAGACUGAAUUAUACCCAAGUUUGAGAGAAAUAUGUGGUGAUGUAAAAACUCUGGACGGUUUCUUUCCUGUUAGGCUCAAAAAGACCAAGAUGCACCACAAACAUCAUAUUCUUGUCUGUGUUUACAUUUCAUACUGUAUAUAACAUUGUCAAACUGCUAUUUGCAUAAAAGUACUUUGAAUUUUGGAUCAAUUUAGUUCAGAUCAGUACUUCUAGAGUAUGAAAAUAUUUAAAUCAGAUGUUUGUUUUUCUCCUUAUUGCGCUGCUUAAAACUGCUGCAAGGAGUUUUUAAUAUUGAUGAUGUUAACUGAAAUUUAAGUGAAUAUCUUUUCAUAAAGUAAGCAAGACCAUCAGUGAUGAGAUUGACGAUUUUUGUUUUGUAGUUUUUAACACCUGACACUGUUACAGGAGGGUAGGUGUCAGCCAAACAAACUCAGACUGAACGUUCCUCACAGGAGCUUUAACAUUACCACUCACAAACAGAGCUAGUUUAAUUUAGCAGGCUGGUGAAGGUUUCUUAAAUCUGUCUAAAAACUGUCUGAAACAGUGAGCAGCAAGGGAAUCUCCUGGACUCUGUUUUACUUUGUCCAGAACAGUGUUGAGGAAGGACUCUGAACCAUAAUAAGUGACUAAAAUAAAAUACAGUUUGAAGACAAAAGAUGCUGCUAAUGGAAAUCUCUUCUAAGCCACUAAGUAAGUAGAUUUACCCGCUUACUUUACCUGGACCCUUUAAAUCUUUCACCUAUAAAAUGUGUUUCUUUGAUUACAGAGACUCUCUGCGAGAUUCACAAAGAACCUCCUCAGCACAGUCACAUCCCCACUCGCCAUCAUUGUCCAGCCUCGAGUCCCCUCCACCAGCACAGAACCCAGUCACUCUCCUCCUCUCCUCUUCCUCUCGGAGCAGACAUACUGCAUCCUCCACCCUGGCCAAACAACUCCCCGCACUCACUUUUAGGAUACUCCUCUGAGACAAACCGAAGAGACCUCACAGGAACCUACAAACCUGUUGAGUCCUGUCAAAAAGUGGACCUGGAAACCCAGCAGUCUUCUGUAACAUGCUGGAGGAGGGAGAACCUGCUCCCUCCAUCCCUCCCUCUUCUGGCCCUCUUUCCAGCUAUCCCUCCUGGCAGCAGCAGCAGCCAGGGGAACUUUGAGUGUCUGGACUGUCAUGAAGAGCAUUUGAGCUUCCCUGGCCUGGCCAAACACAAGCAGCUCCCGUGUGGUUGGAACAGUAAGAAGUCCUUCAGCUGUAAGUACUGUGAAAAGGAGUACGUCAGCCUGGGGGCACUCAAAAUGCACAUCAGGACACACACUCUGCCCUGUGUGUGCAAACUCUGCGGCAAGGCUUUCUCCAGACCCUGGCUGCUCCAAGGACACAUACGGACACACACAGGUCAGUGAAACACACUCAGGAUUAUAUUUUUGACCUGUCAAUUUUCUAUUUUUUCAUUUUUGAUCCAGUGCCAGUUUCAUAUCGGUUCAGUGGUCGUAGGAGCCUGAACUGUGUGGUUUAGGAUAUGAUAAACUGCCCUUGAGCCCCUGCAACAUCCCCUGAGAAGCCCCCAGGAAUCAAUUACAAACUGAAUGAAAGAAGUGAAAAAAUACAUUUUGUCCACAGCCCUUCAGGUGGAACAGCUGUGGGCAAAUAUGGAUACCAUGGUUCCACCAUAGUGACCAUAUUUAAGAAUCAAAUUUGAUUCCCAUCAUCAUUUUAGUCGUCAGUUAACAGAUGACUGUGGUGUCAGCUUUUUAACUACAGGGAUACACACUCUUGAACCUCGCUUUCAAAAAUAAAUGAGUCUUUAUCCAAGCAGAAGAAACACUUAGUUGUACUGGCCAACAAAUACAGCAUAGUAUUAAAUACAAACAUAACAUAAAAGAGUGACUAUGAUAAAUCAGAAAUAUAUAAAGUAAUAAAGACAUAAAUGCUGCAUCAGAAAAGCCUUGAAAGUAAUCACUCAGACAGUAAACUUUAUAUCAACAUGUGCACUGACGUUAUAAAUCAAGAGAAAUGAGGUGGUUACCCAGCCUGAAUUUAUUCACCCAAGGUUGGAGUCUCAAAAGUACUGAGCAUGUGCACCAAAGCUGUGCAAAUGGUCCAGAAACACAUAGACUAAGCUUAACUGCACCAAUGUUUGCAUCAGUGGCGGCUGCUGGUCUUUCAAGGAGGGGAAGCUCAUUUUUCUGGCCUACAUCAUAAUUGUAUUUGUUUAUUAGUAUGUAACAGAACAGAGUCGCCAAACACAACGACAGUCGUUUUUAACAAAGACAAAAGUCGCUGAGGAUCGGUAAAGUCUCCGAAGCAGUUAAGAACAACGGAAUGAAUAACUUGGAAAAUGCUCUGGUAGAUGUUUUAUUCUUCAAGAUCGCUGAUUCGCUUGUUUAGCUGUCAAUCAAAAAAGGAUUUCGCCUCAGACAGCUCAUCCAAUCAUGGAUGCAGAAGCUCAGCGUCCACGAGACAGUUGGGACCGCCCUCUCGUCAUAGAACUCCAGAGACGCUGAGCGUCCGAUGGGCGGGACAAAGCCCAGCAUUUAUCCAAUGAGCGUCUAGUUUCGCUGCUGGAACAACCCACUUUGAGCUUCCACAUUGAAGUCAGCAGAAGCCCAGCGUCCGGCUGUUUAAAGCGCUGAGGCGCUGUGAGGAUGAAUGAGAACGGAGUUGUGCCGGUUACCUGUGAUUAUCAGCUUCUUAUCACAGUGUCUGAACAAAAGAUGAAGGCUUUCUAGUGCGUAUUUAGUUAAUGAAAUGUACACACAGCCGUACGUAUUUCACCACUUUUUCUUUUUUUUGGGGGGUGACAUUUUAAGGGAAGCCGAGCUUCCCUUGCAGUCUUAGAGCAAUCGCCACUGGUUUGCAUACACUGAAAAAAGUCAGAAUAUACUCAACCAAGGCUGAAUACACCUCUUUAAAUACAAACACCAGCACUCAGCUAAAGCUAAUGUUUCAUCUGCUGGGACUUGGUGGUUAUUUUGCUACUUUGUCAUAUGCUCUCACUUUUCAGUGAUCAUAACCACAAAUCACCUCUAACUGACCUAAAAACAAUUAACCUGUACAAUAAGUCUGUUAAUAUAAAUGAAACAUUACUAGGCUGCUCUUUGUGACUUCACUCACUAAGUUAACUGGAUUGAAAUGUGUGUCACUUCUGCCAUAAAUGGACUCCACAAUGAACAGGUAGGAUCAACUCAUCAUCUACUGUAUAUAAGAAUAAGAAGAACUUUAUUAAUCCCCGAAGGGAAAUGCAAUUGUCUGUUGUCUCACAUAAUAUGUCUCUAAAAGUUAUCCACUAUUUACUCAAUAGUUAUGAAGUCUGGUGGCUGUGGGUACAAAAGAUCUUCUGAAUCUUUCUGUCCUGCAGCAAAGAAAGAGGAGCCGUCCACCACCAUUGGCCCUUUGGUCCAUCAAGGUGUUGUGAAGUGGGUGAUCCAUGUUCUUGAGAAUAGACUCCACCUUCCUCAGUGUAGAUCUCUCCACCACAUCCUCCACUGAGUCCAGCUUGAGUCCAGCCACAGAGCCAGCCUUUUCACCAGUUUGUUCAGACGUCUUGCAUCUUUGUGUUUGAUGCUUCCUUCCCAGUAGACUGCAGCGUAGAACAGAACACUGUAGACACCACACACUGAUAAAACAUCUGCAGCAUCUUACUACAGAUGUCUAUUGAUAGGAGUCUUCUCAGGCAAAAGAGGCUGUUCUGCCCCUUUCUGUAGAUGAAGUCUUUAUUCUUAGACCAGUCCAACUUAUUAUCCAGGUGUACACCUAGGUAUUUCCCAUGAUGAUUAAUGGAAGAAAGGGUUUAUAUCGCCACCUCCUAGCUCUCAGCUUUGUCUUCAACUUUGCACCAGCACAGCAACCACGAUAACACCUCCUGAUGCCCUCUAGAAUUUAAUGUUGUUGUCCAGAUUUGCUUUUCCUCAAUGAAAGGAGCUCUUCUCUUGAGUAAACUCAUCGCCAAGCAGAAGUAUCCAUCAGCAGCCAACAAAAUGACAACAAAAAUCUAGUAAAAAUUACAAAAAUUAUAGAUAAAACAGAGAGACCAGACUUGCAGCAACCUCUCAGUUCAAGCACAUCAUUUGAAUAUGUGUGGACAGUAAGCUGUCAUCAGGAUGAGAGCACUGGCACAGCUUUACACAGCAAAAGGUGGAGAUCUCAACAAUCACACACAAAACACAAGCCUGCAACAAAGCUGUGUGGGUGUUUUGAAGCUUGAAUAUGAGCUAGUUAUGCUGUGUUAAUUAAACCUUGAGAGGGAAUGGAUUCCCCUUCAGUUUCUCCCUACUGGCCAUUAAAAGGACUGCAAGCUUAAGCUUCUUUUGUGUUGGCUCUUCACAUACUCAGUUUACAGGUUUGAAGGUUUAUCUUCCUCCAGGUUUCCCUGACAACAUUAUCAACUCUACCAGUUGUAUACAUGAAUGACAGCAUUCGUAGGUUUAACUGAGUCUGGGAAAGGCACUUACAGCUUCCUGACUUUAGAUCCAAAUGAAUCUCUGUGUUUAUUCCACAGGUGAGAAACCCUUCACAUGCUUCCACUGCAGCCGGGCUUUCGCUGACCGAUCUAACCUGCGGGCUCACCUCCAAACCCACUCUGAAGUGAAAAAGUACCAGUGUGCAAGCUGCUUUAAGACCUUCUCUAGGAUCUCUCUGUUAGCCAAGCACCAAGAGGCAGGCUGCCCACUGUGCUGACAUCCUGUGAACUUCCACCUGCUCCAAAACACUGUCUGUAGAGUGUCUCUGUAGGCUGAACAACAUUUUAUUUUGACACUAGGAUGGCGUAUCAUCAGCUAGAAUAAAGGC